AUAAAUUGGUAGCCAUGACGUCAUCAUUACGCGCCAGCCGCCGGAAAUAAAACCUCUUUUUUUUGUAGCCUUUAAAUAAACUAAACUGCGUCUUUAACAUUUAAUAAACUUUUUAUUCAUUCCAAUAUUCCAUCAUGGAGGACAUGUACGUCAAACCAGGCAACCAGGAACGAGGAUGGAACGACCCACCGCAGAUGUCGUACGGCCUGCAGAUGGCCCGAGGACCACAGAAGAACCUUCUGAACAAAAGAGCAGCGCUGCCUGGUGUGGCGCCACCCCCCAAGACUCCUCAAGCCAGUCCUCCAAGUGCACCCCCCUCUUGUGGUGUAGCCCCGCCUCCUACAGCCCGCCUGGCUGGCUGGAUGGCCACGCCUCCUGCUGCUGCAAGGCCAAUGAAGAGUCCGGGUGACGACGACGGCGGCCAAUCCGAGGGUGAGCCCUACGUGGAGGGCGUGGUCCAGGUGCUCCAGCAAGCCCUGGCUGCGUGCAGACGUGAAGUCACACCUCAGGUGUGUAGUGACGUGGAAAAGAGACUCCGCCUCUUUCAGGACAGUUGGACUCUACUGAGUCUCCCUGUGAGGAGACGCAUGAAGUCAUUGUCUCUAGAGCUGCAGGCUGGUAGGUGGGACCGGGCCGAUGAGCUCCACCGCUCCCUGAUGGUAGAUCAUGUGACCGAGGUGAGCCAAUGGAUGGUCGGUGUGAAGCGACUCAUCGCCGAGACCAGAAAACUUAGUCCGGAAGCUUUAGAAGUGCUUAAGGACUCUGAAGGACCAACACUGGACUCUUCACAGAAUGACAUGUUGCACUCGUGAUGUCAUCGCACACUCCAUGUUUUCAAAACCAAAGCAGCGAGGUCAAAGGUCGCUUUUGUCUGUGUGCUGUUGAAAGUCGUUCAUCACUAAAAGGACAUCUGACAAAAUGAAAACGCUUCUCCAAA